AUGAUUGUAUUUGGACUUGGUUUGUCCGCACGACUUGUGAGCCGCAGAAUCGUGGCUCCUCUUAGAAAUCCUCUCAGGGUUGGUUUCUCAAGAGAUUUCAUCACCACAACUCCGUCAUCCUUCAAGCAUACUUUGGCCGCCCAACUGCUUUUCAAGUCCAAGGCAGAAGUCAAGAAGCCCAAAGCUGUUCAGGUCAACUCAGAACAAUCUAUUCCACUGAAAGAUGACAUCAUCGAUCUCUCCGAAGACAAAGAAGCGAAACUGCUGAAAAACAAGUACUACCGUCGCAUGCCGCGCAUAUUGAAGCCAUACAUGAGAAGUUUCAUGCUUCGGCCUAUUGGAUUCGGUGUAUCGUUUGCUGUGCUCCAUGAGAUAACUGCUAUUAUCCCAUUUUUAGGAUUCUGGUGGUUUUUCAUGUACAUCAACUGGAUGCCUUUCCAUCUACCGGCAGAGGUUGUUCAUAAGGGCAUAGACAUGAUCAACUCAGCCCUGGCCAAUAAGGAUAUUGGAGGAUUGGUUGAUAAGGCACAGCUGGUGAUGGCAGGUGCAAACGCCUAUGCUCUGACGAAGGUGUUUUUGCCCAUAAGGAUACCUAUCUGUUUUGUCUUGGCUCCAUGGUUCGACAGAUGGGUCAUUCAGCCCAUCACCAACCUUUUCUCUUCCAAGAAAAAGUCAAAGACAUCUUCCAAGGAGAUCUGGGAUACUCCUUUGGAGGAAGCAAAAACGAAGAGUGUUGAUCAGAAACGCAUAUAA